CAACUCGGGCAUAUGUCGAUCCAUAUGAUGCAUUUGUUGCUAUUUGGGAUCGCCCAAUUAUGGAGCAUAUUGUUAGAGAAACAAAUAAAUAUGCAGAACAGCUUUGCGAGGCAAUGAUCGUCCAAGGCAUUGCCCCGAAUAGCCGGAUUACAAAGUGGGUGGAUACCUCGGUAGAUGAGUUAUACACCUACUUUGCGAUAAUACAAGCCACCGGUAUUGUAAUAAAAUCCCGCUUGGAAGAGUAUUGGUCAACAUCAGCCAAUAUUUUUAUCACCCCUGAAUUUUCGGCCGCAAUGUCUUAUGACCGUUUUUGUCUUCUGAACAAAUGCCUACAUUUUAAUGACAAUGCUUUAUGUUCGACGGAAAGAUUAAACAACAGUGAGGCGAAAUUACAUAAGUUGCAGCCAAUAUUGCAGCAUCUUAAUGACAAAUUCACUUCACUGUACAUGCUAGGGCAAAACAUUGCACUUGAUGAAAGUUUGACGAUGUGGAAGGGUCGCUUAAAUAUUAGGCAGCACAUCCCAAACAAAGCAGCGACAGUAGGCAUCAAGACGUACGAAAUAUGUGAAUCUCAGACGGGAUUCCUGUGGCGUUUUGAGGUAGAAGCACGCCAAGCCUCCACGAGCGAAGAAAAAACAAAUCCGCUGUCAGGGAAGAUACCGACUUUGGUGCUUAGGCUUUUACGAGGAUUAGAGCACAAAGGACACACUGUCUGGAUGGACAACUUCUACAAUUCCCCUACUCUUGCAAGAGAGCUCAAAGUACAGGGGUUCGACUGCGUCGGAACUCUGAGGACUAACCGCCAAUAUGUACCUGCUGAGUUGACAAAUUUACAACUAAAAGACAUGGCCGUUGGUCAAGUUUGUGGAUGCACCUCUGGGGACGUCGAUCUAAUUGUGUGGAGGGAUAAAAAGCGAAUAGCUCUUAUAUCUACUUACCAUGGCUUAACUACAGUGGAGGAUGCAGACACAAUUAAGCCUGCUUUAAUAGCUGACUACAACAUUUGCAUGGGGGGAGUCGAUAAAAAGGACCAAAUGCUUGCCAUGUACCCCAUAGAGAGAAACCGAAAUAGAAUCUGGUACAAAAAAUUUUUUAGAAGACUUUUAAACGCUAGCACAUUAAAUGCAUUCAUUUUGCUUAAGGCAUUCAAACAAUUUACUCAUAGGCAAUUUAGGCAAACAUUGGUGUUACAGUUAUUAGAACGCCAUAACACUAACAGAAGUCGCAAUCGACCUGCUUUACUAUCCCAACGGCAUGUGCCGCAACACUUUGAGCGACCCGCCGCAGGGUCUAAUGACACUAAGCGUCAUCUUCGACGCAAAUGUGUUGUUUGCUCGAAAAGAACGACAACUUUCUGUGAAGGCUGUAGUGGCAAGGCUCUUUGCGUACCUAAAUGCUUUUCUCAGUAUCAUGAAUAACUUGUGCUUAUUUAUGACAUUGUGAGAAUUUGGUAGAUAAUUUGUAUGUCUCUAUAAAAUAAAUAUACUUACUUACUUUAUUGCGUAAGAGAACGGUAGACCUAUAGAGCAUUGUCAUUAGUUUUAAUUAAGUUAGACGUAAAUCGACCUAUUGUUGUUCUGUUAAUGUUCUCAUAUUUUUAUACUUCGUCGGUGGCUAACAAGCGUACUACCCGCCUGGUGUUAUCCAGAUUUAGCAAGCUAUGUACUACUACAACCUCCCAAAGACUCUCAAGGCUUGUUGCUGUGAAGAUUGGCCGUGUUGAAAGCGAGAUGAACAAAAUGUAACACAUAAUAUUAUUAUCAUUUUUUAGCCAUUUUUAAUUAUAAUAAUAUUUUUAAAUUUUUAAUAAAAAAAAUUUGGGAUACUUGUUUGUUGCUUUGCCUGUUUACAAAACUUAAUAACAACCAGCCCCUGCUUCUUCUUGUUAGCUCAAGUAUUAGCCCCUCGCCAGUACGUUUGUCUGCUUUAUUACACAAAUUCGUAAUGUCGCCAACGAAGUUAACAUCGGGCUUCACCACAGAAGCUGGCGGUGGGCAAAAUGUUAAAAUCGGGCCUCGUCACUGACGAGGGUAAGUAGCUUUUUGACAAUUAGUCGUAUCCAUAUUAUUCAACGCUGUUGGUUGCUUACAACAGUAGCGUUUUUGUUGGGUUUAUAAUUAAAAUAUUUCUAUGCUUCUGUUAGAAUGUAGUACUUUUAUUAACUUUAUCUUGUUGUAAGUAUAUCGAAAUUAUCGAAACAUAUCGUUUCUCUCACCAGAACAUAAUGAUUAGUCUGCUAUAAUAAAAUAUGUAAAGGUGUUAAUUUUGAAAGACUGAAAUAGACUUUUUUAAACCAUGUACUGGAAAAAAUGUACUAAAUCUAACAGCUUCGUUUGUCUGUGAAACUGAGCUACUGGAUCAUUUUUACUGUUUAAAAAAGAAAUAAUAUACAAAUAAGAGUCAUUCUUUGAAUUAUAAGCAUGUAAAGUACCAUCUACUUAAGGUAGUUCUAAAGACAUACCCAUUAUGGUAUGUCACUUAAAACUGUUUUUUUGUAUUUUUUUUCUAUUGCAGGGUAUUAAAAAGGCUAAUGUUUAGCAAUACUUAGUGGUAAAGGCAUGUAAAUAAAGCUAAUUUGAAUAAUUAUA